AGUCUCCAACCUAAGUGUAUGUACAUUUCCGACUUCAACUGUAAAUACUGGCCUGAUGCCCUCCUAGUAGAAAAAGUAUCUUGCAACACAUCCUAGAAAACAUCUUGGUCCAACCACUUCGACAUACAUGUACCAUGAAAACAUUAUGAAAGUCUCUUCCCGUAAUCAUCAUGGGGCAACUUGAGCAAUAGGAUUAAAAUAUUGCAGCGGUCAAAAGCAGGGCGCAAGUAGUGGAUGGGYAAAGUGUUUACAUCAGUGAGAUUAAGUCUGACCUUGACAUGUGGAAAAUUACAGGYGGGAAAAUAUAUAGAAUGUAUAUAUUUAAAAAACAAAAUUGUGGUAACCUUAUGCAAGUGUGGAUUAGGCUAUAUCUAUUUAGCAAUUAACACGUUGAUUGGGUGSCAUCCAUCUAUGAAUAAUCACGUUCUGAAGCAUUUCACAAUUGGUGUGUUUUCUUUUGGCCAGUGAUGAAACACCCCAUCAGUGUCAAUAACCUCUUGCUUCUCAUGUGUGUGUUGGUCGCUUUGGGUGUGGUGCCAUGUGAGUAACCUUCUGAGUGUAGGGCUUCCUUCCUCAUUGCUUCUAUAGAGUAGAACACAUCUGCACUACCAGCCCACACAGGGGAUGGCUGUCCACACACCACAUCACUACCAACAGCAUCUCUGCGCCAGUGGGUUGUGAGACAGCAGAGCUCCAGUGGAGAGACUGUUUUAGCCUGAGUCUAAGCCCACAUCAGGAGUUCUACACUCACCCAAGUCCUGCCUUGUCCAGCCCGACCCAGCCAUUUUCUGACUUGCCAAGCCCUUCACAACCCAGCCAUGGAUGCCCUGUCCUCCCUGAGCUCCUCAACCUCCUGCUCUCAUCUGUACRUCUGGGCCAGCAACACCACCAACAGCAGCGCUAUUAACAUUGAUGUGAUCCUGGAGCACUACAACCACACAGGGCGCCUGCAGCAUCGCGUGCCCCGCCAGGGUGGCCUGAGCUUGGCAGCGGCCCUCUCCCUCUUCAUCAGUGUCCUCAUCAUCCUGGAGAACCUGCUGGUCCUAGUGGCCGUGCUCUCCCGGAUCCUCCACAGCCGCCGCUGGGUCUACGUGUGCAUCGCCAACAUCACCCUGAGCGACCUGCUGGCCGGGGCGGCCUACGUGGUCAACAUCUGGAUGUCGGGCAGCCAGACAUUCAGACUGAGCCCGGCUCUGUGGCUGUUCAGGGAGGGGGUACUGUUCGUGGCCCUCGCCGCCUCCAUCUUCAGCCUGCUGCUGAUAGCAGUGGAGCGCUACACCACUAUGAUGAAGCCGCUGCACCAGAAGUCAGCCAGGAAGACAUYUCGUAUCUACGGCCUYGUGGCGCUGUGCUGGAUCSUGGCCUUCGCCAUCGGCUUCCUCCCCCUGCUGGGKUGGAACUGCGUGUGCAGCCUGGAGAGCUGCUCCACCRUGCUGCCGCUCUACUCCAAGAGCUACAUCRUCUUCUCRRUGCUCAURUUCUCCCUCAUCCUGCUGGCCAUCGGUGUGCUCUAUGGCGCCAUCUACUGCCACGUGCGCAGCAGCGCCAAGGUGGGAUCCCAGCGCAGCCGCAAGCGCUCCCUGGGGCUGCUAAAGACAGUCAUCUCCAUCGUGGGUGUGUUCAUCAUUUGCUGGGGGCCUCUGUUCAUCCUGCUGCUGGUGGACUUCUUCUGUGUGUCGCGGCAGUGCGCACCGCUCUUCAGCGCCGACUGGGUCAUCGCCCUGGCCGUGAUCAACUCGGCCCUGAACCCGGUCAUCUACACCCUGGGCAGCACAGAGCUGAGGAAGGCCAUCGCAGGCCUGUUGUGCUGCUGCUGCCUCAGGGCAGGCCUCUGUCACCCUGACACAUUUGUGUCCAAGGAGACCAGCAGCACUGGGAGCAUCAGGCACAGCAGUCUGAGGAACAGUUUCAAUAAGAUCAGGAGUCUCACUGUCAGCCCCCCGCCUGCACCCAAUGCCCCCAAAAAGAGCCACCGCCUGAGCUCCACCACCACCUGCCUGUCUGUGUCGAGCGGUUAGACCACAACGGGCUGCCUGGGGCAGGCGUAGCUGUGUGUGUGUUUGAGAGAGAGACACAGAGAGACGGAGACAGAGAGUGUCAGUGGAGGCUCCUCAGAGCAGGAAGGGGAGGAUCUUCCUACUCAGGUAGUUUCAUAAAAGUAAAAAUAUAAAAAAAUACAAAUAUCAAUUAUUAAUUUGUAGCAAACUGCAAUUAAAGCCAG